UUAGAAAACGAGGUCUAUACACAAGUGUUUGGCCCUGACAAGGAUGGAAAAAUGUUGGGAUAUGGACGUGGGAUGACCAAAUCUAGGUUGUUUGGCUAUGGGUCAGUUACCCAAGAAAGCCAAACUACAUCGGCCAUCACUACAUUGAUUGAAGAGAUGAGCGCAAAACAUGUCCAGCAAAUACAAACAAUUCAAGCCGAACAAGCAGUUCGAGAGAAAACUCUACUCGAGGAAGCAAAAUCUCGAUUUCGUAUGGAGGCUACGGAGCGAGAAGCUCAUUUGAUAGCUGAGGCAGAAGAAAGAUUUAUGAAAUUAACUGAAAUUCGAGAGGCAAAGUUCAUGAAAAUGAUGGAUGCUCGUGAGAAAAAGUAUAAGGCUCUCAUCGAUGAGUGUAUGGCAAAGGGAAUGUCAAUUGAAUUUCAGAGUAGCGGACUUGAUGAUAAAGCCUUCAGUUCGGAUGAUGACGAAUGAGGCUUAUUGCAUAUUAUGUAUUACAUAUAUAUAUAGUGGUUGACGAAUGCAGUUGUCUCAUAAUUUUUUUGUGUCAUGGGAAUCAAGUUGACAACAUGUUGCAAUGUGUUGAUUGCUUUUAUUAGGAUUUUGUAUAAUUUUUUGAUGUCAUGUGAAAUAGGUUGACAACAUGUUCGCAACUUGUCGACUACUUCUAUUAGGAUUUUGUAUAUAAAUUACUAACUGCAUUAUUCAAUGAUAAUUUUGUAUUUAUA